AUGGAGCUGCACUGUCUUCCUACUGAGACCCCCACCACAGCCAGCUCCUGCUCCACGGACCCCCUGUACGACAACUGCCCACCUUUCGCCCAGCGAGGGAGGGCCAGGGAAAAGGAAAUGGAAAGUAGGGUUGCGUGCCCGGCUGUAACCAGACUCCAAGGCCCCUGCAGCCCUCAGCCUGUUCUCGCCCCAGCUGUGGCUGAGGUUCCCACAGUGGUCGGUGGGGGAAGAGUGACUGGCCCCUGGCCAGAUCACAGCUACUGCAGCUGGAGAGAAGGCCCGAGAGGACAGGGCUGGGAAGCAGAGCUGGGCCCAGGCGUAAACAGAACAAGAGGAGGAGACAGAGGAGGAGAACAGGGAGGACACUGGGGACUUGAGGACAGAGCACAUGUGAACCAGAGCCCCAAUCCAUCACAGAGUGAAGAGCACAAGAGUGCACUCUCUCUGUAUGAUAACCUCCCUGAUGCUGUCACCCCUGACAGCCUCCAAGAAGUCUUUGACAUGGAAACAAGUUUCCAGGAGCAGAUGUACCAAGCAUGGGCCCCUGAGCAGAUCCAGGGACUGACAGAGGGUGAGGCCGCAAGUGAAGACAAGAGCACCUGGUCCUCCUGUGAGAUCAUCCUCCCUCAAAGCGGUUUCAAUAACCAGGACCAGAAUCCAGACCAAGGAGAGAAGCACGAACAGGAGCCAGAGCUGGACUCAGGAUCCUGUGGAUUUAAGCAGGAGGACCCAAUGCUGCAUCUCCAGUUCCCGAUGUCACCUCCUCAACAUCCUUUAGCAAGUUCCUCUCAGCUACCCCAAACUGUUUGCCAGGUGCUGUGGCCCCCAGCUGAAGCUCAGCACCCAGCGUUGCCAUCCUGGUCUCCCAGGGCGCCCCCCCCUGUACCCCUGGCAGACCCUUCUGCCAGUGCUCUGCGCAGCCUCCUCACCAGCCUCCAACAGCAAAUCAUCAGACAGAGGGAGGAGUACGAGGAACGAAUACUCAGCCUGGAGCAAAGAAAUGAAGAGCUGCAGGUCGAGGUUGUUCGGUUGAAAACAAACCUCGCACAGCAGCGGCACUGGUACCAUGCUAUCCAAGCUAAGAUCGUGGAGUCUGAAAGAGCCCGGGCUGCUGCAGAACUUCGCAAUGCAACUCUGCAGAAGGAGAUGGAGCAAUUCUUUGACACCUUCGGAGAGCUCAACAAUGAGGCCAAGAAGACAGAAUAUAUCGUCAAGAGCUUUUGAGAAAAGAAUGUAAACAUUGUAAGUGAUGAUAUGAACAGUGUGUGCAAAGAGAAGGACAAAAGAAACAAGAAUGGCUAAUCUUUAAACUCUAGUUAGAAUCAUGUAAAGUAGUUUCUCACCAUCUAUGGAGACUAUUCCCCAAUCGGGAGAGAUUUAAAGGGACAGGUUAACCCAAAAUGAAAAAUACAGUUUUCC